AUGCCCGGUCGUCUGAUCUCGCGACUGCGACCGCGCCUGCAGCUUCCGCGCCUGGCUCCCCGCGCAAGACUGCUCUCGACGCUCCCGAAUACCCCGAUUUUCCGAGCUCUACAGGAACAUGACCCGACCAGUCUAGCUGUCGUGCACAGCGUGAGUGAGCGCUCGUUUACAUACGGCAACCUCAUCGGCGACGUACUCCGCGCGAAGGAGCAGCUCGAACACAAGACCACGGGCAAGCUGGCCGGGGAGCGGGUCGCGUUUUUGGCGGAGAAUAGCUAUGACUACGUAGUGACGCUGCUUGCCAUCUUUGCGAGCGAUGCUAUCGCAUUGCCCUUGUCCCCGUCUUUUCCGACUGGUGAACUCCAGUAUAUUUUGGAUAACUCCGAGGCAAAGAUGCUCUUGGCGACGGAGAAAUAUGCCGAUAAGGCGGAGCAGGUUCUCAAGGCUGGACUGAAGCGUGAGCCUUUGUUUGAUAUCAGACAGAAGCUCAGGCAGGGUGCUGGGAGUGAGUCUGUUCAAUUGGAGAAUCUGAAGCAGCCUGCCUCCGGUGGCAUGAUGCUGUACACUUCGGGGACUACGAAUCGACCAAAAGGCGUGCUCAUCCCCGACUCUGCACUCGCAGCACAAGCAUCUUCGCUUCUCAAAGCAUGGAAGUACACACCACAAGACCGACUGCUCCACCUACUCCCACUCCACCACAUUCACGGCGUCGUCAACGCAAUCGUAACACCCCUGUUCGCCGGCUCGUCCAUCGAAUUCAUGUACCCGUUCAACCCAGACCAAGUCUGGCGCCGUCUCGCCGCACCAUUCACGGCAGACAACCCCAAAUCCAAAAUCACCUUCCUCACAGCGGUUCCAACAGUCUACAACCGCCUAAUGACAUCCUUCGCCACCCUGCCACCAGAUACCCAAGAAGCCGCCAAGCAAGGCAUAUCCCCCUCCAACCUCCGCCUCAAUAUCUCCGGCUCAGCCGCCCUCCCAACACCCACGAAAAUAAAAUGGACAUCCCUCAGCAAUGGCAAUAUCCUCCUCGAACGCUUCGGCAUGACCGAAGUAGGCAUGGCCAUUAGCUGUGGCCUGGACCCAGCAGACCGCAUCGACAGCAGCGUCGGCUGGCCUUUACCGGGCGUCGAAGCUCGGCUCGUCGACACCGAAACCAAUGAGGUAAUCCCGCUCGACAGCAAAUAUGCGUCUGGCCGCGAACGCGAAGGCGAGAUCCAACUCCGCGGCGAAACAAUAUUCCACAGCUACUGGGGCAACGAGAAAGCCACAGCCGAAAGCUUCGUAUCUAGCCCUGACGGCGGUAAACCGUGGUUCCGGACCGGGGACGUGGCCACUCGACGGGUCGUUGAAGGUGCAGGAUCUGGAUCUAGUGGUCAGUGGGCUACGGGACCUAUGUAUUUCAUACAGGGCCGGAAGAGUGUGGAUAUCAUCAAGACGGGCGGCGAGAAAGUGAGCGCGUUGGAGGUUGAGAGGGAAUUGCUUUCCUUGCCGCAAAUCGCAGAGGCUGCUGUUGUUGGCCUCCCUUCGGAACAAUGGGGUCAUAAAGUCGCCGCCGUUGUGGUUCUCAGCGCCGAUGCAGCGAGUAGUGGACGGAAUGGGAAGACGUGGGGACCUAUGGAUAUGCGGCGUGCGCUGAAGGAUCGAUUGGCGUCAUAUAAGGUUCCACAGGUGAUGAAGGUUCUGGAGGCCAUUCCGAGGAAUGCGAUGGGAAAGGUGAACAAAAAAGCGCUCGUGAAAGAGGUAUUUGGUGUUUGA